AUGUGGGCCGGAAACCAGGUGAUUGUGUGGUAUCCUGCUACACCCCUGGAAUUUAAAAUAGCGGCAGCCUUCCCAGAGAUUACCGCCAAGGCAAAGGCCUGCGUGGCAGCCCUGGAGUCAGUAAAUAUCUCUGGAUGCAAAGGCCUCCUGCUGGUCAAUGGGGGCACGGUGCUGAAGAUCUGCGACUUUGGCACGGCUUGUGACGUGCAGACCCAGAUGACUAACAACAAGGGCAGUGCUGCGUGGAUGGCACCCGAGGUGUUUGAGAGCUCCACAUACACAGAGAAGUGUGACAUCUUCAGCUGGGGCAUCAUUCUGUGGGAAGUGCUGACAAGACGCAAGCCCUUUGAAGACUGCGGCCCACCAGCCUUCUGCAUUAUGUGGGCUGUCCACCAAGGAAAGAGGCCUCCCCUAAUACGUGGCUGUCCUACUGUUCUGGAGGAACUGAUGGUUAGUUGCUGGUCCAAGCAUGCCGAGCAGCGGCCACCCAUGGCCGAGGUGGAGAAGACCAUGGACCACUUGGCGGCCCUAGUUUCUGGAGCCGACAUUCCUCUGGCGUAUCCAGCCCCACCGAGGGAUGACACUGAAUCGCUGAGCAGUGCCGAGUGGAGUGAGCCAGCUGGCCUGGGCACCAACCCAUCGUGGGGCUCUCAACGACAAGCCACCUCGCUCGUGCUGCAGGUGGCUACAAACACAACCACCCAGGCCGACUCCAUCGACACUGGGCCCGAUGCCGAGCCUGAAGCUUCCAAACAGGAUCACUUCGGCAGCGAUUUGUGGCAGCAGGCCGUCGAAUUCAACAUGGGAGAGCGGGUGAAACAUCUGUUGCGAUAG